UUUUCAGUGUAAAAUCUUUGUUUUUUUCGACCAUUCGAAAACACAGCGUCUGGUUGAUACAAGUUUGUAACAAAGCCUCUGAUUGGUCAAGUGGAUCAAACAUGGACAACUAGAAGUCCGCGAACAACAACAGUAAUCUUUUACGUCUUGAAAAACGGGAUAAAAAUGAUCAUUUGAGUCAUUCAAUGUUGGAUUUAUCAUCGUGGACGUGUUGUACAAAGACUCCGAAGAGACACUGAAGUUCCAGGGGCACUACAAAUCUCCUGAAAGGGCCACGAACGACGCAAGUGUUAGCUUCCCGUCCAAACAAACCGAGACACAGAUGUGGAUUAAAACGCCUAAAUGGGACAGAAAACGCGUCCGCUGAGAAAAAAAGUGCUCAGAGCAAGUGACUGUGAUGGGCUGUCGGACUACAUCUGAAGGACCGAAGAAUAAUAUCCACAACAGACCCACUUUGAAGAACAAUAUUUGAUUCAAUCAAUGCUGCAGCCUCCCCCGGGGAGGGAAUUACACCCGAGCAGUAGGUGGGACCUCAGAAAAGAUCAACAGUGGACCAUGUGAUACUUGACCUUCACGGAGAGAACUCAGACACACUCCAGAAGAUGUCAAAUUUGAGCUGAGGCUGCACUCGAGAGGGUCAGGCGGCUCGAGUUUCGGUCGUCUUUUUCACGUGGUGUUGAUCGACAUUCAGACACCAUGGGCCCACAGUGACAGUGGAGCAUAGGUAUCAAUGCUGGACCUUCAUUUGCUGAGGAGAACCAGACACCUCACCAUGGAUGUGAAGGAGAUUUUCUCCACCAAAGAGCGACUGUGAGAAAGACGGAAGGAACUGGGGGGGGGGAAUUGGACACUGGAAGCGAGGGGGAUUAGCUAGUGUGCUGCUAACCCAUGGUGCAUCUGCUGUGAGCAGGACAAGGGACUCAGCAGUGGAGGAUGUCAGCAGAGGCCGAGCUCCAGCUGGGUGUCAAAACCAGCCAGCGAAGGGAGUCCAGGAGGAUCAAAGGUCAGGACCGCACUGAGGCGGGGCUUAUUAAGCGUUUCCGUGGAGAUGGCGUGCGGUACAAGGCCAAGCUGAUCGGGAUUGAUGAGGUGACAGCGGCGCGCGGGGACAAGCUGUGCCAGGACUCCAUGAUGAAGCUGAAGGGGAUGGCGUCCUCGGCACGUUCCAAAGGGGAGCACAAGCAGAGGGUCUUCUUGACGGUCUCGUUCGGCGGGAUCAAGAUCUACUGUGAAAGAUCAGGGGUGCUCCUGCAUUACCACUCGGUCCACGAGAUCAGCUACAUCGCCAAGGACACCAGGGACCACCGGGCCUUUGGCUAUGUCUGCGGGAAGGAGGGCCACCACAGGUUUGUGGCCAUCAAGACUGCACAGUCGGCGGAGCCUCUCAUCAUCGACCUGCGCGACCUCUUCACUCUCAUCUAUGACAUUAAGCAGAGGGAGGAGAUGGAGAAGAAGGCUCAGAAGGAUAAGCAGUGUGAGCAGGCGGUUUACCAGACCAUCCUGGAGGACGAGGUGGAUGAUCCAGUUUACCAGUACAUAGUGUUUGAGGCUGGACACGAACCCCUCCGCGGCCCCCAGUCAGAGGAGAGCGUUUAUCAGGUCCCAACCAGUCAGCAGAAGGAAGGGAUCUAUGAUGUCCCAAAGCGCCAUUUCAUGACUAAUAUCAACCACUUUGAUCUUUUCGGCGACAUGUCCACACCUCCCUCUAUGCCCCCAUCACCUGCCAACACACUGGACCCAAGCAGGAGCAGCCGCCAGCAGCAGCAACACACUGAGAUGUACGCGCCGUUCAGCCCCACCUCCGUGCCAUCAGGUUAUAUGACCAUGGGCCCGGUGCAGGCUGCCCAGUGGGCACAGCAGCCAUUCUCUGGUCAGGCUCAGACUCUGGCCUUCCCCGUGCAAGGGCCCCUCCAGGUGGCUCAGGUCCUCCCCGGUGGUCAGCCGGUCAUCUGGAGCCAGGCCAACAUUUUCCCAGCCACUCAGCAGCAGUGGGCGGCCAUGGCGGCCUACAUGCCAGCCCAGACCGUGGGCGUGGGGGGCCAUGCAAUCCCAGCUGCCAUGCUCCAAGGCCUGGUUCCCAUCACCACCAUGUGCCCCCAAGCCUGCGACCUGUCCGCGCCGUCCUCGGCCAUCACCAGCCCCCAGCACACAGCCGACCCCACACUGCUCCAGAGGCAGCUUAGUCUGGGCAAAGAUGGCCUCGGCAUGGACUCGGACGCAGGCGAGGGCCCCUCUACAUCAGGAGCCGGAGCAGCGGGUGUGGGACCUGGCAUGGCGUCAGCAGUGGUGAGCAGGUGUGGGACCCCAGGCCUCAUGAGUGUACCGGACCAGCUGGCCUGCAGUCAGCUGCUGUCACCGUCAUCUGUUGCGACCCAGGAAGAGGAAGGGAGCUGUAGUGACCUUGAUCUCUCUAGGAUGACCUUGAGCCCAGGAACAUCCACGUCACCGUCCACUGAAUCUCCAUCAACUCCAGCCCCGCAGCAGAGCUGUUCCUCCGACUGCCCCCCAUCCCAGGCCAGCGACGCCCCCACAGAUCAGUCCCCUGUCGACCAGGAGGACAACCCCAGCGACGCCAAGGAGGAGCAAUCGAUGAACCUACAUGAAGCUGCCGUCACAACAGCGAGCUAUGAGAAGCGCGGUGUCCGUCAACCUCGGUCAGUGGGCGAUCCGCUGGUAGUUCAUCCGGUGGACUGUGUUUUCUCAGUGUGGAGCGCAUGGUCACGCUGUGACACUUGCCAGAAGAAAAGAUAUCGCUACGCCAAGCUUGACCAGCUGUCUCAGUUUGGAGGGGAGCCAUGCAAUUUCCAUGACAGGGAGGAAGAGGCCUGUGAUGUUCCAGCCCGCUUCACCUGUGACAAUAUUCCUCUGUGUGAAGGAUUUGUCUGCACCCAAACAGGUCGCUGUAUUCACAGGACUCUGCAGUGCAAUGGGGAGGACGACUGUGGCGACAUGUCCGAUGAAGUCGGCUGCAGGAAGGUUCCCAAGCCCUGCAGGCAGGAGGUUGAGGAGUUCUGGGGAAUCGAAGACCUUGCCAAAGGAAUCAACAUCUUGAACAGUAACCUGGAGGGAGUGGUGCUUGACAACCGAUACUAUGGCGGCAGCUGCUUGCCCCAGUACAUCCAGGAUGUCAGGUUCAGGAAGCCUCACAACUUGCAACAGUACACUCUCCAGACAAGUGGCUCAUAUGAUUUCAACGUGCAGUCUUUCGAGUCGUACUCUGACUACAUGGACUACACCAUGAAGGAGCGUAUGACCCAAACCACUGUUUCCUAUGGGUUCGCCAUUCCUGGCCUAUUUGAAUUUGGCUACAACCACAAUAAGGCCAAAUACACCAAAUCGAUUCAGAAGAUUCGCCGGGCCUCUGGCAAUAUUAACAGCUUUAUCAGAGCCAAAGCAGAACUGGAGUUGGCCCAGUACAUGCUCAAGGCAGAUGAUUUGAUGCUUCACCCCGAGUUCCUGCAGCGUCUGCGCUCCUUGCCGCAGUCCUACGUUUAUGGAGAAUACAGACAGAUAUACAGAGACUACGGCACCCACUACAUCACAGAGGCUGCCCUCGGAGGACAAUACGAGCACACCAUCAUUCUGAACAAGGAGAAGCUCGAGAAGACAGAUUAUACCUUGGAAGACUACAAGUCCUGCACCCAGAAAGGCCUUAAGGUUGGGGCCAACAUAUAUGGUGUUUAUGUGUCGGUGGGAUUUCAAGGUGGAUCCUGCAAUGGCCUGUUGAAUGAGAUGGGAGAGGACACCGCGCUUGGCAGCAUCGUGGAGGACUUUGUCGCUGUCGUGCGGGGAGGCAGUAGUGAAUCCAUCAGUGGCUUGGUGUCCAAAAAGCUUCCCACCCCGCAGCUGAUGAAACUUUGGGGCGAGGGCGUACGUUUCAACCCUGACUUCAUUCGCUCGACCACGCGGCCGCUCUAUGAGCUGGUGACCUCCAGGGACUUCACCCACGAUGCCACCCUGAAGAGAAACCUCAAGAGAGCAUUGUCAGAGUACCUGGCGGAGACCAGCUCAUGCCGCUGUGCUCCCUGCCACAACAACGGAGUGGCCGUUUUGAGAGGCACAAGGUGUGACUGCGUUUGUCCUGUUGGUUACAACGGAAGCGGCUGUGAGAUCACUCAGAGGCAAAAAGUAGGCAUUGACGGCAGUUGGAGCUGCUGGGGCGCCUGGUCGUCCUGCAGUGGAAGAACGAUGUCGCGGAGUCGGCAGUGUAACAACCCGGCACCCAGCAAUGGAGGCCUGGCAUGCACAGGACUGCAGCAAGAGUCGACUGAAUGCUAAGCAGCACCAAUGUCAACAAGAUUUUUAAAUGAGAGUUAGUCUGUGGUUUGUUUUGUCUUUGGACUGCCUAAUGUGACUUAACGAUUCACAUUGGAAUAAAAUGAUACAGACAAAAAAGGAA